GAUAGGCAAGAGGGACAAGACAACGACAAGAUGGCGUUUAAAACGUUCCGUUUACUGAUUUUCAUUACCGUACUGCUGAAGGCGACACGCGGCGACUUAGGAGACUGCACGAAGACGACGUGCACCACGACGCCUCUCGGUUUCAACUGUAACGUUGUGUACGACGAAGGAGUCUUGCAGAGGAAGUUGCCAGACGGUGCACUGCGUGACCUCCCCGGGACGGUGAGGGGGUUAUCUCUGCUUGUCAGUAACACCGACCCCCGCUCUGACCCCACCCUCGUCAUCAGCUGGAAGCCCCCCGAAGUUGCUAUUAGCGUAUAUGAGGUUUAUCUAAUAACCUGGGACAAUCGAAAUCCGGAAAACGGAAACCUGCCGUUCCCCUGUAUGUUUGUCGUCAACGUCACCGACUCCAGCCAGAUCACCAAGGUUGAGUUCCGAGUGACGUCAUCGACGUUCCGUAACAGUAAAGACGUCACUGUCUACGUCAACACGUGGCUAGGGGACAGGGAACCAUGCUUCCUCAGACAAGCAAAGGUCACCUUUUAUGCCACAGACACCCUUCAGUUUACCACUGCCUACUGGAACUAUCUUCUGUCCAUGGCGUUGCCUAGCAACAACAGCAUCCAGCUAAGCUUCCACCCUCUCCCAAAUGCAACCCGACACAUGGUGCAAGUUUGUGAGACAACCACGCAGCUUCCGAAACAAUCGGGGUAUCAAUGUAGCAAGUUUCGCACACUGAGAAAGGGAACGAUUACAGGAAUAUUCCAGUUUAGUAAAACCUGUGCAACAUAUCGAAUAAAGAUCAUCCCUGUGCCUAAUACCAACAGGCAGGUUUACAGAAUUCAUCGCUUUGUACCAGCUCUGCAAUGCCCUCCACGUGACCCUGUGGCAUUCUCACUCCUUGAUACAUCAGCAUCAGUUAUAUCGAACAAGCCUUGUACUACUAAUUGUGGAAUCAAGACCAGUGGCGCUUCGACACAAAAGAGCAAGAACACGCUUGGUGUCAUCCUGGGGUCAGUUCUGGCGUCACUCGUUGGGUUGGUGGCAGGAAUAGCUUUCAUCUGGAAACGCGAUAGACGGAGACGAUAUCGUUCCUCGACACCGAAAAAUGCUGACUACGAGCUCCUCCAUCACGUCACUGCAAACAACACCAACCUUGACGCGGAGUCUGAUGUGGAAUUCUGGAACAAGCUGAAGAACACUACAACCAAGAACAUUUCCAUGUUGUACUCAGAAGAUUGUGAGUGUCAUUCAGAAACAGUUGAGGCGCUCUCGAGAUGUCUGGAGACGUUGUUCAACUGCAGGGUCCGUCGAAUCGACCGUUCCCAAGACAUAGCGACCCAAUUGGGAAAUACCCAUGUUGUUCUUUUUGUCAAUUCAAAGAAUGUAUUAACGUCCUGGAACAUGCACCGAUCCAGCUUAUCGCACUCCCAGGAGCCAUUUUCCCGGACUGCUUUUGAUCUGGGUUGUAUGAUACAGAAGCUCCUGGCAUCCUACAGUGAUAGGGUCGUCAUGGUGCGCCUGGACUAUACGGAAGAACAACAUGUGAUACAGUGCAAAAACAACCACGUGUUUAACAUCCCUAGACACAUGUCCGAACUCAUUUGUCGUAUACACGAGCUUGGAGAGCUGGCGGGGAAAGACAGUGCGAGGAAGUGUUUAGUGGAGAGGCAAGAGGGUAAGGAUCUGCUGUUUUCCAUCGAGAAAGCUUCACAGUGCUGUGGUAGAUUCAGAUGUACAGUGACCAGCAACUCGGUCGUGGAGCUGUUUCAAGGGGACGCGCAUGGUGUAGGUGAGCCUGACCUGGCUGGACAGGGAGCACAUGUGGUAGAACUUCGUGGCAAGGCAUUGCAAGGAGAACAUAGUGGAGAUCUCCAUGACAAGGCUUUGCAAGGAGCACCUAGGAUAGAUCUGCAUGACAACGCUUUGCGAGGAGCACGUGGGGUAGAUCUCCAUGACAAGGCUUUGCAAGGAGCACUUUGGGUAGAUCUCCAUGACAAGGCUUUACAAGGAGCACAUGGGGUAGAUCUCCAUGACAAGGCUUUACAAGGAGCACAUAUGGGAGAUCUCCAUGACAACGCUUUGCGAGGAGCACGUAGUGGAGAUCUCCAUGACAAGGCUUUGCCAGGAGCACCUAGGAUAGAUCUGCAUGACAACGCUUUGCGAGGAGCACGUGGGGUAGAUCUCCAUGACAAGGCUUUGCAAGGAGCACACAGGGUAGAUCUGCAUGACAAGGCUUUGCAAGGAGCACAUGGGGUAGAUCUCCAUGACAAGGCUUUGCAAGGAGCACAUGGGGUAGAUCUCCAUGACAAGGCUUUGCAAGGAGCACACAGGGUAGAUCUGCAUGACAAGGCUUUGCAAGGAGCACAUGGGGUAGAUCUCCAUGACAAGGCUUUGCAAGGAGCACACAGGGUAGAUCUGCAUGACAAGGCUUUACAAGGAGCACAUGGGGUAGAUCUCCAUGACAAGGCUUUGCAAGGAGCACAUGGGGUAGAUCUCCGUGACAAGGCUUUACAAGAAGCACCAGGGGUAGUAUUUGCGGAGUUCUGUUGGCAGGAAACACCCGUGGUAGCUCUCCAGGACAUUGGUGGGCAUGGGGAACAUGGGGUAGAACCCAAGGACUUAGCUGGGCAGGGAACAGAUGGUGUAGUUAUUCGGACAGGAGGGCACUCACAUGAGGUAGCUCUACAGGAAAGGCAUGUUGCUGACACAUACCCAUGGGUUCCACCAAGACUGGAACCUAAUAAAUACAAUUCUCUUGAGGAGGUUGAGGAACAUCUGUUCCUAAUUAUACAGAACUAUGGGGGUUGAAGGAAUGACAGGGACGAUGUUGACGUUCGAUUCCGUCUUCGUUCUUAUGUUGAUGACUGUUCUUGAUAUGACAUUUUGCUGAUUGCUUUGUUUGUUUGUUUGUUGUUUAACGCCGCAAUCAGCAAUAUUCCAGCUAUAUGAUGGCGGUCAGUAAAUAAUCGCGUCUGGACUAGACAAUCCAGUGAUUGACAACAUGA